CACUCUCUCCUGCGCGUCCCCGGGUGCAUGCACCCGGCGAUCUCCAUGAUCGCUGUGUCCUAUGGACACAGCUGAUCACGUGCACAUGAUCAGCCGUGUCCAAUGACACGCUGAUCACCGGGAAAUGCAAUUGCCGGUUCUCGGCUGCACUUUCCUCACGCUGUCAGUGCCCUGAUGAUCGGUGCCCAGCAAUGCCACCCACCAGUUCUGCCCACCUGUGCCCAGCAGUGCGCCCACCUGUGCCCAGCAGUGCACCCUCCUGUGUCCAGCAGUGCACCCACCUGUGCCACCCAGCAGUGCCACACACCUGUGCCCAGAAGUGCCACCUACCUGUGCCCACCAGUGCCACCCACCUGUGCCCACCAGUGCCACCCAUCAGUGCAGCCCAGCAGU